UCCCCUGACCUGAAAAAAUUCUCAAUUCGUUGUAUCUAUCAUUUUCGAUUUCAGUUACAGUUUGUGUGCUUAGAUUUUGACUUGCGCUUGUUGGCCAAAUUCCCAUGUGACAAAUUUCACCAAUUCAUGAUAAAUUUACUGUUAGUUCGAGUAUUAGCCACUAUAAAAUGGCGGUUUCGGCUGGUCUUGGAUCAGCAGGAGGUGCAGCAGGAGGAGGGGUCGGCAGCCUGCCACCGGAUGCUAAGCCCUGGCAACGCAUUGACUGGCCGCCCUGCGUGCAAUCGCCACUGUUCAUGGACUGGGGCAAGUACUACACUCGCCGCUUGCGCAACAAAAAGGCUCUCGAAAGCUACGGCCGCGCCCUGGCCGUCUGCAAGCAGGAUCAGCAGAAGCAGCAACAGUCCUGCAAGUAUCCCAGCCCCGAGAUGCGCGGAUCCAUAAAAAACUGCCAGAACGAGCAGGGAUUCUGCCGGAACGAUUACAAGACGCUGUUCCUGCGCAGCCGGUGCCAGCGAUCAAUUGCCCAGUCGGAGGGCGCCCUGAUGGACGCUAGUCGUGCCAAGAAGAUGAUGUGGCUGACCCAGGAACAGAAGGACAGUAAUGUGGUGGGCACCGCGGAGAUUCUCAUGGAGAAGUGCGACGCCCUCUUUGACUGCAACGAAUUCGAAAGAACCCUCCGGACGUUGCACACGGAGGCGCGCCUCUUCGAUUCCGCCAGCCAGGUACAACGUCGCUUUGACGUGCGCAAGAAGAGGAUUAUGGGUGUGUUUGAGGAUACCGUGGGCGAAACGCUCGGGCCUUUCAUGCAGCAGAAUAGUGGCGCCAUCGAUGAGGUUCUGCGACGUCGUCAAGAAUUAGCCGCCUUUGUGCCCCGUCCGCUGUGGAAGACGCUGCAGGAGCAGCAAAAAUGUGACGUUCAGAGCGUGAUCGACAUGAAGAUUGAAACGCUGACCUCCCUGGAGCGGUCACGGCGGCGUGCGAGCAAGAGCUUCUACAACCACCAGUAUCUGGGCAGGAGUGCCGCAGACGUGGCCUUGCUGCACCAGCUGCGCAGCAAUCAGAUCUUUCUGAACCCGUUGAUGCACGGCACCACCCCCUAUCUGCGGCAGCUCAGUGGAGAGCAGUAUGGGAUCGUUAGGAAGUUUAUGAAAAUGAUGCACGCCCGCAAUCCGCUGUACAACAGCAAGAAGGAGAAAUGCCGGAACACGCUCAGUUGCGAGAAGAGUCGUGAGAGAUAUCUGUUCCACGUGGAGUACCAGACCAGGCGCGACUGCAUCCGAAUGCUGCGCGAGGUGCAUCAGCUGCGUGCUGAAGGCAACGUCGAGGGCCUCACGGACUACGUUGAGCACAUAAUGUCCAGAAUAAUUGACCUUAAGACGCAUCGCACGCUGCCCUGGAAGUGGGAGUUCGUCAACGAUGUGUAUAACAGCCUGGCCCUGGCCCAUGUGGAUCGGUGUGCGGUGCCAGCGAACGUUGACUUUUUGGAUCCGAAGAACCGCCUGGUGCUGUACCUGCUGCAGCCGGAGCGCACCAAGGACAUGACCAUUAGCUUUGGCGGACCCAACCUCUAUCUGGAAAUAAAAAAGGAGGAGGAGCGCCAAAUUCGAUCUAACCAGAAGAUGGAUCAUCUGGAGGAACGACUACGCAACUCCCGCUAUCCCAUCGAGCGGGCCUAUCUGCGUUUCGAGAUGGCCCGUGGACACUUUAAGGAGUUCCGCUUCGACAAGAGCCUGGUCAUGGCCCGCAGCGCCUUUAAUGAGGCCCGCAGCUGCAACAGCCUGAUUUGGCGCUACAACAGUAUCUUCCUGGUCUGCCAGGUGCACGCGGUUCUGAGUCGCUUCGAGCGCCUCAAGGAGUCCCUGGCAAAGGCCAGUCAGCUGGCCAAGGACCUCAAGUCACCCAAGUUGAUGGCCUACCUGGCUAUCUGCCACACAGUCAAUGACAACGACCUGGCCCUGCGCCGACUGCGCCACUCAGAGCUGUCCCUGCGAAGGCCCCGCAAGCGGGGCGUCAAUAGUGUACCCUCGUUCAACUCCCUAUCCAGCAAUGCCUACAGCCUUAGCUGAAUUAGCUCCAGCAAUUGCAAUUGGCUUUCAUUUAACUCGUUUUUAGGGUGAGUGAGAGCCAAGGCAGCUGCUUGAGCAUCUACUGCUUUGGAUUGUAACAUCUUGCGGGCGUUUAUUUCUGCUUGCCGUUCGCGCUGCAGUUCAAUCUCUGCCAUGCUUUAAACCCAGUUGACCCAGACUGCCCAUAUCGUAUUAUUAAGGAUUUAUAUUUUGAUUUAUUCGCUUGAGUUUGGCUUUGAGUGUUGGUUUCAAUAAUUAACAAGCAUCAACGUUUAGCAUUAAAAACUCAUUAACAAUUACAAAUUACGAUAAAUUAAGUUUGCAAGAGACUGCUUGACGGCAUUUCGGCGGCGACGUUUCCGAUGUAGUCGAUGGCGCCUGGACAAAGACUUGGCUGCAGCUGCUGUGAUGAUUUUUGUUGAGUUCAGCUAAUAUAGCAGCUCCACCUACAUUAAAUUUAUUAGGAGAAAUUUCUUUAUUAAAUAGAAUUGU